AUGAACGAAUUCCGGUCCGGUUACUUGGUGGUGUUACUAGCGUUAGUUUCAUUCGGUUGUCAAUUCGUGGUGGCCCAAACCGAUGAAUAUGAAUACUAUUACGAAGAAGUAAACGCAACUUCUACACAGUUGCCCCUUACUGCGACAUCAAUCGAGACGACAACAGUAACGUUAGUGGUGGCAAUGCAAGGAACUUUGGAGACAACUACGCCACCAGCUUUGGUGGUAGAAAAUUCGGAAGAACCAACAAAUAUAACUGCUCUACCGAUUGUAGACGAUACUACGGUUGGCAUCCUGGUGCAUAAUAAUUGGACCACUACUGCAGUAGAUAGUAAGCCCAUGGAUACAUCGUACGCACAUCGAACCGAUCAGAUAUUAACACAGUUGAAUAGUACUCGCCCGACCAAGUACAAUGUCACUAAGUUUAAAACUACCACCCGGCCUAAUACUCAACCGGGAAUAGUGCUCAACAUCUACACCGGCAUGUAUGGGAUGCAUUCGCGGGAAAAAAAUCGACCCAGCGGUGGGAAAAAUAACUUCUGGCCACGGGCCCAAUCCACCCUGCAGGGAUGGUACGGUAUGUACAAUCGUCGACCGGUGCAGUCGUACAUACCAAGACCGAAAGCACCACCCGUAUAUCGAGGCCGAGGACCACAGAACGGUUACGAUGGUGGGUAUAAUUCCUUCACACAUCACACGGCAACGAAACCAAGGCGCAACAAUCAGCAAACCCGUGGCACCGCACUUGAUCAGCAGGCAAGCCUGGCCGUAUUCAAUUUUCUCCUGCAAGCACUGGGACAGCGUGGGGGUUCAUCCGGUCGUUCGCAAGGAUCGCAAUCGCAAGUUCAGCAAGGAACACGCAGAAGACAUUGA